AUGAUUAGAGGGCUUUGCCGGCUUUUGGGUGUUAUUGCUGCAAUACUGUUACUGGUUAAUGUGUUUGUACAUAACUACCCGGUCUUCCGACGGUGUCACUGGGCACCGGGAGCCCAGAUCAGAAUAAUGGCGUUUGGCGACCCACAAAUCACUGGGACGUCGCCUACUACUGCAUUCCGCAAACGACUUGACGUUGCCGGCAAUGACUAUUUUCUGGCGCACACCGUGCGCACCAUGCGGAGGCAUUUGGACCCCCGGGUGAGUGUUGUCCUGGGGGACCUUAUUUCGAGCCAAUGGAUUGAUACCGCGGAGUUUCAUGCGCGGGCCGACCGAUUCGAGCGUAUUUUUCCGCCUCGAGACAACGAGAUACUUUUCAACGUCUCGGGGAACCACGAUAUAGGGUACCAUGGGGAGAUGACGUCUGAGCGCGUGGACAGAUUUGAAGAGCGCUAUGGACCAUUGAACUUUGUGCGUGACUUUGACGGCUCCUGGCGGUUUGUUGUCGUCAACAGUCUCGCUUUAGACGGCGCAGAGUACGGGCCCUAUCAGGCAAUCACUCAUGCGUUUCUGAAGCACCUACGGGAGACCCCUUACGAUGGGCAAACCGUGCUGGCAAUACACGUUCCCAUGUACAAACCAGCAGGGAUGUGUCGGGAUGGACCUAUGUUUAAAUAUUACGAAGGGGCGCAGAUUCGGUCGCAAAACCAUCUGACGUUCUCCUCGACCCAGCAAGUGCUGCAGUCUGUGUUCGCCAAUGGCAAGCCAGGGUUUGUUUUGGCCGGACACGACCACGAGGGCUGUCUCACCAGCUACGUGCCGAGCGGAUCAGGCGAGUUCAGCCCCGUAGCCGGUCUUGAUCCGAGCGGGAUCCAAGAGGCCACGGUGCGCAGCCUCAUGGGCGAGUACGGGGGCAACACGGGGCUUCUGAGCGGCCUGUACAACGAAGAAACGCGGCUUUGGGACUUUGAGUACAUGCUGUGUCCGUUUUUUGUUCAGCAUCUAUGGUGGGUGGCUACCGGGGCGAGCUAUGUGGGGCUGCUUGCUCUGUCUGUUGUUCCGCUCGGAGUGUUCUCGACAGCUCGAGUUUUGAACCGGAAUUAA